AUGGCUAAGUCAUAUGGAGCUCUCUUCCUCUUGGCCCUCAUUGUCUUCUCCAUGCUUCAAACCGUGGUUAUGGCCUCAAAGGGAUCUAGACGGAAGUGGAACCCGAAACGUUAUGGACCAGGAAGCCUGAAAAUUGGCCAAUGCCCCGGAGAAUGCAAAAGGAGGUGUAGCAAGACACAGUACCACAACGCAUGCAUUUUGUUCUGUAACAAGUGCUGCAGAAAGUGUUUGUGUGUGCCUCCUGAGUUUUAUGGUAACAAAGAAGUUUGCUCUUGCUACAACAACUGGAAAACUCAACAGGGUGGACCAAAAUGCCCUUGA